ACCUACGCUUUUACACAGAGACUUUUUAAAGGAACUGCAAUUAUUAUGUCUAUUAAUAUCUAGUACUGUAUGUGUUUCCAUGACACAAACGCGCACACACCCGUGGCAGAGCAAAAAGAUGCUUUGUCAUUCAGGGCACUAACAGGUAAACUGGAGGAACUUGAUCCAACCACUCACCCUGUGGUUUGUGGACAUUUUGAUCAUUUGCCCAAACAAACGUCCUUUGUUUGGACAAAUCAUCUUUGUCCCGCUACUUUUCUGAUCUUUUACCAUAAGAGAGAAGUAAGCUCAGUUAGAGCAAAUGUCAAAUAAGAUGCUGUAGUUGUAGAAGAUGUUGACAGGUUUGGUUUGUUUUUCUUUGUUUGCAUUGUUGCAAACCUGAGACGUUUAAGUGUGCAAAAUUCCUAUUGGUGUUUAAUGUGCAUUUUUUGAGUUAAUUGUUUGUACAGUGAGUGUUGGAGAAAAUAUAUUUUCAUUCAUCAUUUAUUUCAUUUAGCAUCAUUUAUCUUGUUUAUCUUUAUCAUUUAUCUUUGGCAUUUGCUGUAACUUGUCUGUAACUUGUAACCACAUUGACACUUGUGCCUUCUAACCAAAUUGACCUUUGUGCAGACAUCUAACCACACGCUUACAUAGGUGCUUACAUAAGUAUUGCCAAUUGCGAAGUACAAUUUUCUAAGCAUAUUUCCUGUUCUAGGUAUUGGAUGUGGAAAUUUGACAUUGUGCUCACGUUACUACUUAGGCACAGGUGCUGAAAUCACAAUAGGGGACCUGCUUGUGGUACUGUGCUAAGUUGUGUGUUUCCUGUAUAAUAACAAGUGCAUCAGAUAAGCUACAGUAUUGGAGGUGUGUAAAGCAUCAAUAAAAUGUUGUACUUUGGGGAAGUUUGUUGGAGUUGGUGGUCUCUUAGUGAAGAUCUCAGAAGAACUCCCCAUGGCGAAGUAAAAACUGGUCGGCUCUCAGUUUUGCUUUCUUGUUUUUGUCUCUGUGCGUAUCAGUGCUGUUGUGGUGUUUUCAGACCCAACAAAAUUUGGUCCUUCAGCCGGAUCUCAACAGUCCACGUCGUGGGAGGAAGGUGACGGAACGCCGAAGCCUGCCGGCAGCCGGACAUCCUACCGUCCAGCACAAAAUCCUGGGACGUGAAUUCGUUGCCCGGUUGGUGAAAUUGGGUUCUAGGAGACAAGCAAUACAGCGACAAUAAGUGAGUGUCCAAACACUCACCACCACGAUGUCAUGUUCCAAUUAAAGGGCAGACCAAGCAGACAUGGCCUGUGCUCCAGCGUCACCCAGCGAUAGCUCCUCGCUGGACAGGCAUCUAAAAUGCUCCAUCUGCAUGGAGAUAUUUGACGAUCCAGUCACCACAGCCUGUGGUCACUCCUUCUGCAAGAAAUGUCUGGACCUCAACUUUAAAUGCAACGACAGGACGUGUCCGUUAUGCAAGAAGUUUUGCAUGACGGACCCUGAAGUGAGCAUCAUCCUGCGAGAGGUCGCUGAAGAACAUAAAGCAAAGAAGCUGUCAGAAGAAAGGGACAACAAGGAUGGCAUGUACACGGGGAAGGACGGUGAGGUGCCCUGUGACGUCUGCACAGGGAACAGGUUAAAGGCUGUAAAGUCCUGUCUGGUGUGUCUGGCCUCGUAUUGUUCAAGCCACCUGGAGAAUCACCGUUCAUCCCAAAGGCUGAAGGGCCACAGCUUGGUGGAUCCGGUGAAGAACUUGGAUGAGCGAGCCUGUCUGGAGCACGGACGACCACUGGAGCUGUACAACAGGAAACAGAGGAAGUGUGUUUGUGUUCGCUGCCUGGAAAAAGACGGAGGAGAGGUCGUCUCCACCGAGGAGGAGUGGAGCAGGAAGAAGGAUACACUUCAACACAUUACGACUGUAUUAAAAGAUAAGAUUCAGAAGAGAGAAGCACACGUGGAUGAUGUUAAUGAGUCACUGAGAACCUGCCAGGACCUGCUGGACAACGAGUGGUGGGACAUUGAGGCUGUGUUCUGUGCUAUCCAAGCCAUAGUGGAGGAAGCCCAGGCAACAGUACUUAAGCCGCUGAAGGAGAGGAGGCAGCGUUUGGAGAGAGAGGCAGAGCGUCUACGAAAUGAGCUGAAGGAUGAGAUCACUCGCUUUGAGACGACUGUGUCCAAGCUGGAUGAUCUAACUAAGCUUGAGGACCACAUCCUUUUCCUGCAGAGUUACCCAUCGCUCCCGGACCUGGAUGUUGACGAGAGAGACUUGACACAUGUGAGCUUUGACACGUCGCUGACAUUUGGGACCAUGAGGAAAACCUCAGAAAUCUUGAUGGAACAAAUAAAGGAGAAGCUGGAGGAACUAUCAUGUAUUGAGUUAAAGAGAAUUUCAAAGUUUACAGUGGAUGUAAAACUAGACCCAGCUACUGCACACCAGCGCCUUGUUCUCUCUGACGACGGGAAGGAAGUGGCAGACGGAGGACGGGACAGGGAAGUAGAGGACGGCCCAGAGAGGUUCGAUCUGUUCGGCAGCAUCCUUGGACUCGACAGCGUGACCUCUGGGAAAUCCUACUGGGAGGUGGAUGUGGGCAACAAGAGCGGAUGGGAUCUGGGCGUAGCAAGAGCUGACGCGAACCGGAGGGGGAAGCUCUCCCUGAACCCAGACAACGGUUACUGGGUCGCUGUGCAUUAUGAGGAGGACAAGUACGCAGCCCUGACAGCGCCACCCGUUCUCCUUUCCCUGAAGGAGGAACCUGACAAGGUGGGAGUGUUCGUGGACUACGAGGAGGGUCUUGUUUCCUUCUACGACGUAACGGCUCAGCGUCACAUCUACUCGUUUACUGACUGUUCCUUCAGUGGGAGGAUUUUGCCGUAUUUCAGUCCACAUGCAAAACAAGAUGAAAAGAACUCUGGACCUCUGGUGAUUUCAGCUGUGCAGCAAUGUGAACAGAAGAUUAGUUAGUGGUGAGAAAAGUAAAUGCUUGGUAGCGGUGGACUCAUCUCACCUCAUCCAUGUUGCGAAAGUGGACCUCAGCAUCAGUCUCAUUUUAAACACAAGUUGGGGUUUGGAGAAAGUGACACUAAACAACAUCUGUCAAUAUGCCGAUUCACUCCAAACUAAUACUCGUGACCAACUGGAUCAUGAUUAGCUGCUAAGCUCAUCGGGCAAAUGAGGCUCAUCACUUCUACGUGAUAAUUUACUAAAUGCCUUUUACUGUAAGAGUCUAAAUACAAAUAAAAUAAAUAUUUUAAAAUUGAACAA